AACACAAAAUUCCACCCAGUCGGUCGCCAGAACUUGAACGAGGCAGCCUUGAUUUCCAAUUUUCCACAAAUUUAGUCGAUUUCCUUUCGAAAAAAUGUCACAAAAGUAUAAAAUGGAGAUUGAAACUGAAUCUGCUACAACUAGCGCAUGCGGCGAGCGCCCCUUCAGGCCGCCUACACCUCCGAUGAGUACUUCCACUUCGUUUCCCCCACUCUGGGCGAAUCCGACUACCAAGAAGAUGGCGAUCCGGUACGGUCCCAAUGGCGAAGUCAACCACAUCAAUGUCGGCGUUCUGGAGGAUCUGGAAGCAACCUUUAUCGAAAAGCGAUUGGAGGUCGUGCAAGAAGAUGGGUUUCUUAUCACUCCACUGCACAUUGUUAAGAAAUUGGCCGAAAAAUUCAAUGCACCGAUACAUUCUGAGAUUUACAUUUUUCACCAGGGAGAAAUUUCCGAUUUUCGACGCGUUGAGAUCAUGAUCGGGAGAGCACGAGGCAUUGGACAAGCACCGGCCAAGGGGCUAGCGUGUCAAUUAGCUGCGAUCGACAUGAUGGAAAAAAUGAAGAUUUAUAAUCAAGAAGAAUUUCCGCCGUAUGGGCUGCCUCCAGGAUUGCGAAUUAAUCCCAGGGUUUUGAGUCAUUUGAAUGCCCUGUGUCACGUAAAUGGGUUGCAACCACCUAAGAUUGAAGUCACAGAAUCUGGAAAGCCGUUUGCGGAGCGGGAAUUAUACGACUGUGUGGUACAUGUGGGACAGAUAAGAGUUGAAGCAAAGAGCGAUAAUCGAUUCUUGGCUCAAAGAAUUGCCGUGCGAGACAUGUACAAUCGAAUUUCGACUGAACCGUAUCCUGAUAUGCCGCUUGCAAUGGGAAGCGAAUGCGUUGGAAUGGUCCGACUUCGAGAGCUUGGAUUGCGCCCAUUAAUGUCGGCUGCGAAGCGAGACUGGUUGGUUCAAUACCGUGGACUAGGCAAUGGGAAAUUGGUGCAACACCUUGAAGAAGAGCCAGAGGAUGGCGACUUUUUGGACCCGGAGGAUGUCCUCCCAUACGUUACGGAAUGCCACAUUCCCGAUCCUAAUGACUUUGAGAUGUGAUUUUGUAUUUCUCCUGGUUUAAUGAAUUAUUUUUUUCUCUACUGUUGGAUUAAUUUUUGGUUUUGUAUUUUUUGACUUCAGUUUUACACGUCACAACCGACCAGUAGUUCAAGUUUCAAUAAAAACUAUUGUUUUUGUUAUUAUA